AUGCCAUUUCAAGGUCUCUGUGGGAGAACUUGCCGGGAGUCCGCAAGUCCAAGCCCGCUGGAGCAAUUCGCUGCCACGCUGUCCCAGGGAGUCCGACCGCUGGAUGAAGCAUGUGAGGCAGCCUUCACAAUGUAUACAUUGCCACUGGAGGCCUUCAUGAAACUGUCUGUCGUCAAGGCGCAUGAGGAGCUGCUGCGCAGCGGCGACCUUGUCGAGUUUGAGAGGACUCAUGGACAUGCAGUCUUCGUGUCGCACCAGUGGCUUGCUGAUGAGCAUCCUGACCCAGCCGGGCAGCAGCUGAAAGUUCUGCAAGAUGCUCUCAGAAACAUGUUGUCUGGCAAGAGCCAGAUCGUCGUUCCGCCGGUGGUUGAACUGUUUGCCGGGCGUGUCUCUCCGCCAGCAGCAUCGGAACUUCGUGCCAAGCCGCUGUUCAUCUGGUACGACUAUUUCUCCUGCCCGCAAUCCUGCGCGGAUCGCCAGGCAUCUGCAAUCAGAAGCAUCAACUCUUACGUGGCUCGCAGUGCGUACUUCAUGGUCUUGUGUCCUGCGCUGAAACAUCAGCAGCAUGGAGGAAUCCUGAGCCAGGCGACCUGGGGUGGAAGGGGUUGGUGCCGAGCCGAGAGAAUGUCGCGCGAGCUGGGCCACAUUGACAGCAGUCUUAUUGUUGUGGAAAGCGCCACUCACCAGACUCUGCUGCCAGAAUUCACUUCCUUCCUGUACUCUGUCGGAGAUGGGGCUUUCACUCAUGAGGAAGACCGCCAGCGCGUGAGCACCAUCAUCGUGCAGAUGGUCUGGAGUAAGUUGCUGUACUACCUCUCGCAGGGCGAAUUGCACAACUACCGCUUCCUCUU